AUGGUGAAAGGCCUAAGUGAUGUUCUGCACAGAGUGGUGGAGGAGGUGAGGCUAGCGAUCAGCAGAGAUGUCAGUGGAGCAGAGCUGCUUCACAACCUGCUCAGCGCCCCCUGGCUGCAUGCCCUCCUCAAGGUGUAUGAGUGCCUCCUGCAGUUCCGGAAUCUUCUGCCCAGCCCCAUCCUGCCGGAUGCCUCCAGCCUGUCCUAUGAGGUCCUGCUUAGUGUGAGUGCUGUCCCGAACCCCUCUGCUGAAGCCAGGGAGCUGUUCAGUCUUCUGAGCAGCCCGCACCUGCAGGCCCUGCUCUCAGCCCACGACACGGUGGCUCAGUCGGACUUCGAGCCGGUGCUGCCGCCCCUUCCUGAUGACCUGCCUCAGGACGAGGAGGCCAUGAGAAUCGUCUGUCUGGUCAAGAACAAGCAGCCCCUGGGAGCAACUAUAAAGAAGGAUGAGGAGACAGGAGAGAUCUUCAUUGCCCGGGUAAUCAAUGGAGGCUUAGCAGAUCGCAGCGGUCUUCUGCAUGCAGGAGAUUUGCUGGUGGAAGUGAAUGGAAGCCCGGUGGAGGGUCUCGACCCAGAGCAGGUCAUAGAGAUAUUGAUCCAGUCUGAAGGAACUAUUUUGUUCAAAGUGAUCCCAAACACACCCCGGUCAACCAACAGCCAAACUAUGUUGCGUGUGCGGGCCAUGGCAGACUACUGCCCCCAGCAGGACCCUGCCAUCCCCUGCCCUGAUGCAGGCAUGGCCUUCAGUAAGGGAGACCUGCUGGAGAUUGUGGACCAGACCGACAUCCACUGGUGGCAGGCCAGGAAGCUUCCCAGCACCACUUCCUGUGCUGGCCUCAUCCCCUCCACCAGCCUGCUCAAGAGCAAACAGAGGGAGCAGUGGUGGUGCCAGCCAUUUCAGGCUCACACCUGCUCCAAACCCUUUGUGUCUGUGUUCUUACUUCCAGAAGAGGACACAAAGGAUGCUGAUGACAAAUGUAUUAAAGCAGAGGAUCUCAGAGAGGAGGAGGCUGAGCCAGAAAGCAGUGUGGAUGGCAUCUAUACCGCUGGUUUCCGGCGUAGCUACCGGAUGUGGAGGCGGACGGCAUUCAGGAAGAGGCGCCAGUCCUGCUACUCCUGCUCACCCAAUAGCAGGGUUCUUACCAACCCGUACGAGGAAGUGAUGACCUACCAGCGCCCCCCGCAGGACCCCCACCGCCUCAUCAUCCUCGUGGGUGCUUCUGGUGUGGGAGUGAACGAGAUGCGCAAAAGGCUGAUCACUCUCAACCCAACAACCUUCCAGGGACCAGUGCCUCACACAACACGUCCACCCAAAGAUGGAGAGGAGCCCGGGAGAGAAUAUCACUUCAUCACCAAGGAGCUGUUUGAGGACAUGGUCUCCAACCACAAGUUCCUGGAGCACGGGGAAUAUAAAGGUUACUCAUAUGGCACUAGCUCUGACGUGGUCAAGGACAUGCUGAGCAGCAGCAAGAUGUGUUUGGUAGACGUCGAGCCACAUAAUGUCCAGUCACUGAGAACGAGGGACUUGAAGCCCUACGUCAUCUUUGUGAAGCCUCCCGGUAUGGAGCGUCUCAAACUGACUCGCAGGGAGGCGCACGCACACAUCAUCACCAACUACAACGCCGACCGGCCCUUCACAGAUGAGGACUUUGCAGAGAUGGAGGUGACCACCAAGCUGAUUGAGUCUAAGUACGGUCAGUUCUUUGACAGUGUAGUGGUAAACGACGAGCUCCAAGAUUCCUGCAUGCAGCUGUUCACGACCAUCCUGCAGGCCCAGGACGAGGCCCAGUGGGUCCCUGCUGGGUGGCUGAGCCAAGAGGAGCCAUGAACAGAACGAGGGAGAGGAUGGAGAGGAUGGACGAGGAGCGAUGAUGCUAUUUGGAGUGUCAUCGUUUGAUGGUAAAGGUGAUGACACAACCCUGACUGCCUUCAUAAUUAUGUUCGACCACCGGUUCAAAGAAGAAAAUGUUUUGGGAUAACUUGUUUGAUUGUAUGGUAAGCAUUUAAUAGACUUGACCCUGACUUGACCAUGUGUCUUGAGAGUUGGUUUCAUAUGUGUGAUUAUGUGCCAAGCAGAUGAGCCUGUUUGGUGUGUUAUGUUUGUAAUCACAGCAUAUAUUUAAGUCAGAUUCAGGUGAUACCAGUCUGAUACUGUACCAUGGACUUGUAAGGCAGUCUGCUCCUCUGGUAUUGAGAAGAACGGUUUGAUAACUGUCACUGUUCUAUGCAUUAUCAUUAAUUUAAUUAUUUAAUAUACUGUAUUUGUC